UUUGUGUUCGAAACUCAAAACGAGUAGAUGUCUGUGACGGAGCAAAAAUCAAAGCGAAUCCAUACAAAAAAAGUGUAAAAUACACACAAGUUCAAAUUAAAUAAAUAAAAACAAUUUAAUAAAAUUAAAUUGCAUAGAAUCAAUUAACGUCUGGAUAAUCAACAAUUAACGAAAGAAAUAAAGUGAAUAAAUCUCAAUGAAAGUGAAAAAAAGAAAAAAGUGAAAAUUUUUUGAGUUACAAAAAAGUCUGUAUGUGUUAAUUUUCUGUCUGCUUCUUCUUCUUUUUCUUACUGCCUCAAAUCAAUCCAGGAGUUGGAUGCGCUGCAGCAGCGACUAUUUCGAAUGUGUCUUCAUACAGGAAAUUUAAGUUAAACAACAACAGCAGCAAAAUCGUCUUCAAUGAAUAUUCUUCAUUAUUAUUAAUUAAGAAAUUCAAUAAAUUUAUGAAACAAAAGCAAUGCAACAACAAAGCGAAAAAUGUGUGUUUAUUUUUUUUGUUUAUAUUCUAAUUAAUAACGUUGAUUCCUAUUAAAUAAAAUAAAAACGAGAGAAAAGAAAUAAUAAUACGAAAAGAGUAUAUGACAAGAAGAAGAAAUACAAACAACAACAAUAAUAAAUGAAAAUUUUGUGUGAAAAUGAAAUUGUUUAAAUGUGUGUGUAUAUUUGGAAAAUAUAACAACAACAAGAAAAAGUAGAAAAAAAAAUAAACGAAGCAAAAAAAAAUAUAUAUUAAAAACGAGAGCGAGAGAAAUGAAAAAAAUAGCAUUCCAAGAAUAACAUGUUUUAAGAAAAACUUUUAACAAAUAGUAAAAUUAAAAAUUUUUCUUUAAAUUUCUAUUUAGUGUGUUAUUUGUGGGGCAUUUAAAAUAAAUCAAUUCAAUUUUAUCAAACAAAUAAGCAACAAAAAAGUCCAACACAGUCUCGAGAGACUUUUUGUAAUUGAUUGAUUUUCGAAAAAAAAGAAAAAAAAACGAAAAUAAAACAACAAGAAAUAUCGCCCACACAUCAAAAACACACAACAAUAAGCAACAUGUCUAGCUGGGCCGAACGUGUUCAUCGCCGUGCUGCUGAUUUCGGCAAUGUGGUUACUUCAUGUGGCCAUCCCGGUUCAUCGGCACCCACGUAUCCCUAUCGUUUGGAAAAGGUAAAGUUUGGUGUACCUUUGGAGGAGGUGUGCAAGAACGACAACAUUCCCGGACCUUUGCUGGUUCUCAUUUUAAAACUCAACAAAGAGUCACCCAAUCGCCGAGAUGUGUUUCGAGCACCCGGCCAUCAGGGUGCCAUGAAAAAGUUAAUACAUUUUCUACAAGCCGGUCGCUUGGUCAAUGUCGACAAUUAUUCGGUGUAUACGAUUGCCAGUGUGCUGAAAAAAUUCUUACGCAAAGUACCAAAUGGUAUUUUUGGCCGUUCUGGUGAAGAGGAGUUAUUCGCUAUAAUUGAAUUGUCCAACGAAUCGGAGCAAAUAGAUCGUUUACACAAAUUAAUCCAAUCACUGCCGAAAUAUACACAACAUUUAUUAGUUUUAUUAUUUGGUACAUUCCGUGUGAUUGCUAGCAAUGCAGUUCAUGCUGGUACCGGCAUGACCAGCGAAGCUUUGGGUGUUUCCGUUGCACCAAGUUUCUUUCAAUCAUGUGUUAGUGAUGGCAAAACAGCACGCAUGGAAGAUGUGCUUAAAUUUAAGGUGGCUACAAAAAUUAUGAAACAUAUAAUUGAUAAAUUUGCCACUCACGAUUUGUUUGGUCGUGAAAAUUAUGAAUAUUAUGCUAGAGUUACAGGUCGCAUAUUAAAAGUACAAGAUGAAUGGAUAUGCAGUUUUCAAUAUCCGCCACCGCCCCGAGGAAAACAGGCUCAACAGAAAUAUGCUUUACAACAUUCAUUGGAAGCGGAAAAAACAUGGCUGCAAUGUCAAUGCGAACGCUGGGGUUUACUUGCUCAAGAAGAAUCACGCUCCACGCCUGCCUUGCUAACAAGUUCGAGCUCUGCUUUGGAUAAUAGUGUUGUAUCAUUGGGUGUAACACCCGAACAUUCAUUUAUGGAAUCAUGUGCUCGACUCUCUGUUUCUUUAGAGGGCCCUGGUCUAUUUGCUUUGACUUCAUCCCCCCUACCGGCACGCAAACAUGGCGUGCCAGCUGAUGACGAUGAUGAUGAUAUCGAUGAAGAUGACUACCACCACAACGAUGAGGAUGAUGAUGAUCAUGAAGGCGAUGACGAUGAAGAAGACAACGAUAACAAUCAUUUUAAUGACCACUUUAAACAACAGCAUCAUUACUCUCAACACAAAGCAGAUGCAUCAGUCGCAGCCACGGAAGAUGAUGAAGAAUUUGCCAACGAUUUAGACAUUUUGAAUGGUGGCAGUGGUGGUGGCGGAGGCGGAGGCGGUUAUGAAAAUAUUGAAAAUCUCUCAUAUAAAGCCAAUUUUCGUACUUGCCAAUUGUCCAGCACCUCGAGUAAAUUGAAAUCUCGCUCCUCCGCUUCUUCCAACGAACAAACGAGUUUGGGUGCAGGGGCCGACAACACAUUUACCGACAGCCAGGAAGAUGUGGACGAUGAAAUGACAAGUGUGGUGAAAAGACGUUAUAAACAAAACAAAAAGAAAUCCACCACUAACAACACCGCUCAGAUAAGAGUUCAACAGCAACAACAAAGACGUUUCAGAACGUCAACAGCAACAACAACAAAUACUACAGCAGCCGCAACCGGCUGCAGCAAUACCAAGAGUUUCGAGACAAAAAAUUGUGAUUUUCUAACGAACGAUUACGAAUAUAUAGCAAAACCUAAAACAACAACAACAUCAACCACACCAACGACGAGUAUUAGCUUAAAAGCUUUAGCCGUGGAAGCUUCUGCGGUGCAGCAAAAGAGUCGGGUAUGUAGUCGCUGUAAAAGAGGCAUACGACAUUCGUCUUCAUGUUCCUCAUCUACGGCUUCUGGUGGUGGUGUUGGUGCCAAUGGCACCAACGGCAGUGGAAUGACUAUGGAAGAGUUAAGAGCUGUUAAUCGUUAUGCUGAAAGUACUAAAAGUCUAUCCUACUUGCCACAGGUCCAUGAACGUCAAACGGCUCGCAUGCGUACACGAUCCGAAUGGUUUUUAGGUCCCAAAGAUGGUGAUCUAUUGUGUGUACCGCCCAACACCUGCAGUAAUUGUUGUCUAUCGGCUGUUAACUUACAAACUGCGGGCAAUUAUUUAGGCGGUGGUAGUACCAGAGACAUGAGACGUAUGAUGGAUCAUCAUCACUCGGCAAAUAUUUCGGCCAUACAACAGCAAAACCAACAACAGCAGCAGCAGCAUCAUGUUAACGAAGCUGUCAAUACAUCAUUAUAUCUUUACUACAAGCAACGCCAACAACAGCAGCAGCAACACUAUCAGCCAUUACCCAUGCAACGGCAAAGUUUUCAUUUGUCACCCGAACACAUGGAUACCGAUGAGAGUUUCUCCACCUCUUUCAACACCGGUAGCAAUAGUAUAAAUCAACAAAUGAAUUUACAUUCCAUGCAACAGCAAUUAUCAGCAAUACAACAACAACAGCAGCAGCAACAGCCGACUCCACCAUUUAAUACACGCCAGGCCCAGGAGGGACAAGGAUUAUUUUUGGAUACAAACUAUGAAAACAAUAACAAUGAGGGUUACACUAUAAGUAAUCGUCAACAUUUAAUGAAAUCCACUACUACUACUACUUCUACCACAACUUCCAACGAAUUGACAUUACAUCCAAAUACUUUACAAACAUUUACACAAUUGCCAUUGCCAUUAUCCUCAUCACCAAUUGCAUCGUCAUUGUCACAUUAUCAUUUGCAUGCCAACAACAACAAUAACCACAAUAAAACCAAAACAACAACGCGUUGCCACAAUAUCUCACAAUAUUAUUCUACAGAAUCCUUAUUAAAUAAGCCAGAUAUUGAUGAUGAUUAUGAUGUAGAGGAGGAGCAGCAGCAGGAACCCUGCUGUUCCAACUCUAUGCACAAUUCUAAAUUAUCAUAUCAAAGUCCUCGUCUACUACAACAAGAACGAGAGCGCGACGAACAUAAAACACUUAACACCAUAAUCCAUGCUAACUCCACCACCCUAAACUCCAACAAUGCUAAUUGUAUUACAACCUGUACUGCUAACACUAUUAACUCUAGCCUUUCCCUAACUGCUAAUGAUGAGUUAGACAAAGCCAUUUCUCAAGAUAUGCAAGAAGUUGAUUAUAUUGUUACAACUUCCCACUAUCGCCAUUCAACUCCCAUGUUACAGCGUCGACGUUUGCGCCAACAACAGGCCUUGAGACGUCAGCGUUUACCCUCCUCGUCUUCAUCCUUAUAUCAAUCAUUUAAUGCUAGUUUACAAGCACCCAUGUCAUCUGCCAACCUGGGCUCUGUUAAUCGCUUUAAUAGUAGUAACAACGCCGGUCAUGCCAGCACUUUAAAUUCCGUUUCCAAUUAUGACAGCCAGUCGACGUUAACGAGUAGUGGUGGUGGCGGCGUUGGUGGUGUUAGUAGUAGCAGUGCUGGUGGCAAUAGUAAUUUUUUGGCAACAUCCGUUUAAGUAACAGUGCCGAAUCUGUACAGUGUCCGGCUAGAAGACCCUCAACACGGCGCAUACUCUUAGGUGCCAAUAUACCCAGACAGUAUCCUUUACGUUCUUCGCUAAGGCGUCACAAGGAGAAGCAAAAGGGUACU